AACAUAUUAGUUGCUUGGAAACAGUAAUAUCGUACCCAACAACGAUUUGGAGAAACGAAUUAUUGAAGCUUUUGAAGUUUUUGAUCAUUCUGCUAAACAAGUUGUUGAUGUCAGAGAAAUUGGGACUAUCUUGCGAUCUUUAGGUUGUUGCCCUACCGAAGCUGAGGUGCAAGAAGUUAUUUUGGCGACGGAAAAUAAAGAAGCCACGGGAAAUGUUCCGCUUGGAAACUUUCUGCCUUACUUAUGCAAAGCUAUGGUGGAACACAGAUUCUACCCGGCAAGUGCUGAAGUAUUGCUAGCAGCUUUUCGAUACUUUGACGAGGAGGGCAGAGGCUAUCUGACUAAGGAACGCUUUACGAAACUGAUGCUAGAAGAAGGUGAACCCUUUACACAGGAAGAGUUCGACGAGAUGAUGCAAACUGCUCUGGACCCCGUCACUGAUACCAUCACGUACGAAUACUACAUUAAUCAGCUGAUGGUGGAAGAUGAAGUUGCGGAAAACCAGGAACCGACGAAAUAAAAAUAUUAUUAUUUGGCAAUCCAUA